ACGCACGUGACCCGUUGUUCAACUCAAUCAUUGAAGGCAGCGUGUCCGAAGCACUUCGUAAUCACCGCAGAUGUUGAACUUUCGGACACUUCAGCUGUGCGAAACAUCCCCCUCUCUGGACUCUCUCGUCGGGGUUGUUGCAAGGGGACCCAUCUUCGCCUUUCUUCGACUGGUCAGGACACCCCACGAUCUCAAAACAGGCGCCCUCUGGCAUCGAGUCGGUCGCUCAAAGCGAUAACCGCGCGUGUUGGAGCCAACCUGCUGGCUAGAACGCCGGUGAAAAAUGGCGGCGGCUGCAGCAGCGGAGCCCGAUGUCCUCGAAACUAUCAAAUUGUGGCGGGCAAACUUGCAAUCAGCAACUGUGGACCCAGCGGAAAUCAGUGGACAGGUGGACCUGCUGAUAGGUCUCUUGAGCGAACGCACCGCUGAACUGUCCUCCCUCCAAGAUCACCUUGCGUGUCCCGUAUGCACCGAUUACUUUGUGCUACCUUUCACGCUCGACUGCGGUCAUGUCUUUUGCUAUGAGUGUCUAGAUCAAUGGUUUGCCCAUCUCGAUGUUGACGGCUCUGAGCCUAAAUGUCCGACAUGUCGAGAGAGAAUUGUCUCACGCCCGAGAAAAGACCGAGUGCUUGCUCGUUUAGUCGAAGAGUGUGUGGAGAAAAAGACCGACGCGGAUAGCUUAAGGAUAUGCCUAAGGAUAGAAACAUCGUCAGCGACGCUUGAGAAGCUGUCUCAUCCUUUUCCGAACUUUCUGUGGCCUGUCUUUCACCGCUCCUCGGAAGGGAAUCUGACGCAACUAAACAACGGGUCAUGCGAACGGUGUGGGCAGGAUUACUGGGCUGAAACGAGCGACCUCGCGGAUUUUCCCGGCGAUUCGCACGAGUCGGAUUCCCCAUCCGAGUGGUCGCAGCACGACUCGGAGUCUGACGCUACAUUCUCCCCGCCACCGUCAGAAUCUGAGUUUGAGAACUCUUUCGAUGGCGACUCGACGCAACAUGACACUCAGGAAGCUGUGAAUUCAUUUUGGGACCUAUCGAUCAGAAACCAUGGUCGUCCAAGCACAGAGAACCCAUUUGACUUUCAGGGGCUCUUGGCCUCUGUAAGGAGGGACGUCGACAGCAUCACUCAUAAUCAGCAAAGAGCCGAAAGGAUGAUACGCGAACGUGCAGGUCAAUGGAGCAGUUCCCACAACCGUCCUUCCUUCGGCCGAAGUCUGAGCGCUGACAACGACGACGAAAUAGGUGGGAACUCUGGAAGUCAAGUCACCUUAGAGCUUGAAAGUGACGGGGAGGUGCUUGAUGAUAUCGCGCGGCCUUCUGGGGCCACAACGUUUCUCGAUGACCUAGAAGAUCUCAGUUUCGAAGACUCCAGUCCGACAAGUCCACCGGCCUCACCUGAACCUGAGAAAACCGCUGAUGACAAUGGAACGCGGCCAGUGGACUAUAUUGUUAGCCAAAGCACAGAACCCUCCCCGCCGUUGAGCCCACAUCCACAAUGGAGCCGUGAGGACGAUUCUGAAAGCGCCGAGGAGGACGACGAGGAUAGUGGGCUGGACGAUAAAGGAGCUCGGAAACCUACGAUAUGGGAGGAGGAAGAUGAUGUCGACGGCGACGAGGACGGCGAAGAGGAGAAGGAACAACAGCAUUCCGAUAGAGGCAAUCGCGACAUCAAUGGCCACACGAGUGCACCCUUUUACCAGGGCCGUACUCGCCGCGCCAAUAGUACACGUCCUUUCCACCCGAUCGGACGCCCACUCACGUCCCCGCUCUCCGCCUUCCAUACAAACUUUGCUGCAAUCUGGGCGCUUCAUUCACAGAUCGACCACGAGUUGGGGUUGGAGGACGCCGAACAAUCUCAUCUCGAGCUUCAUCGCAGUGCACUUCGAGCCCACGAUCGUCACAUCUCCGAGCACACUGAUGAUGAUGAUUCUGGCGAGGAAGAAGAUGAUGGGGAGGAGGGAGAGCAAGGGAACGUGACGGAGUCCGAUAGUGAGGAGUCCGCGUUUUCGGAUUGGGCAACGGAAUCGGAGCCGCACGCCGGUGGGAUGGACACGCAUACCGCUGGCUUGGAACGGCAGGCGGGGCCGUUGGGGGGAGCGGGUGGGCGAGGUGGCGGUAGUGGUGGCAAUAGGCGCGGGAGGAUUAGCCUUCCACACGAGUUCUCAGACGCAGGCGAUGAAUCGCUUUGA